GUUGAUUUCUACUGUUUAUUGUUUGCGGCGCCCCGCACCCGUUGUGAACUUAAAACUCGAAAAUUUCAAAAAAACAUAAAAUCACGCCGUUUACGAACCCACCAAUUCGUCCGGUCUCACUUGCGGCGGUGAUUCGCGUUAUCCGUUCGAAUCGAACCGCUCCCAAUCGUUCGUAUUUCCCCAUAAAAAUGUCGAAGAUCUUUACAAUGGCUACCUCCGCGUCCCCCCGAAAGACUUCGAAUUGACAGUGGAAAAUGUUCACGUGAUUUUUAAACACUCGACUUGAAAAUAAACAAUUCUGUUUAUGUUGUUCUCGGUUGAAUUUUCGAUUUUCUUUUCAUAGUAAUGAAUGCUGAUAAUCAAAAUGUUUUGUCCACAGUGCACGGCACCUCGAAUUCGGAGCAGGGUUCAUCGCAAAGGAGUCCUGCUACUACCUCUGUCCCUACAGACUUGAGAGUCAAUACGACAGCCCUUAAUGCUGUUGCUUUAAGUAAUGUGGCCAAAUACUGGGUGUUGACUAAUUUAUUGCCAGGACCAAUACCUCAAGUGUCUGUGUAUGGUUUGCCCGGAACGAGCAGGGAAUCGCAGGGAAAAAUAUCGCAAGAUACUGUACUCAGCCAACACAGUUUUCUUCAACCCGAUCCGCUUCUCAUACAGCAACACAGCCAAAUUCCGGUCAGUAUAGCAACAUCACAAGGAAACUUGGGGCUAACUUCAAGCGGAGUUCACAUAGACAAUGCUCAUAAUAUUUCCGGCCAUUCCAACGAAAAUUUAUCUUCACAGAACCCUAACCAUCUCUCUAGAGAUAUGAGAGUGCCUCACUCCCAUCAUCAAAAUCAAUCCCAACAACAACCACAACAACAACAACAACAACAACAGCAGCAGCAACAACAACAACAACAACAGCAGCAGCAACACCAUCAGCAGAAUCAACAAAAUAUGGUUCAGGUCCAAGUGCAGGACAAUUUAGUAUCGGUAAUAGAAGACAACAAGGAUCAAAAGGACAUAAUUUCCGCUCAAUUGCAAGCUGCUCAGUUGCAAAUCGCCGAGAACCACAUAAACCAGCAGAGUUUGAGCGUGCAACAGCUGCAGCACCUUCAAGUCCAGCAGGUCUUGGAAAACGUGGUGAGACUGGAGAAUUCGGUGGAAAACAACCAGAAUCAGUCGAACAACCAGGAUCACCAGGAUUCCCUUACCGAAACUAUUCAAAUAGUUAAAGAUGAAAAAGCCUUUACCAACUGCAAGUUAGUGUCAGGUGCCCAAUUCGGGCUGCAGGAUCUCAAAGGAAACUUGAUGGACGUGCGAACUGCCGAUGGGAGUAUAGUUAAAAUACAGACCAACAUGCAGGAACAAGAAAUCGUAAAGACUCUCGGAGUAGAUAUCGUCAAUAACAUGUAUAAAGUGAACGUCGACGAUUUAAAUCAACUGUUGGCUUAUCAUGAGAUAUUUGGAAAGCUGCAGGGUAGUCAAAGUACCGACUUAUCGACGAGCAGUCCAACAGUUAGCCAAAACUCCAACAACCUGAACAUAACGAAUUCCAACAUAAUCAUCGCCAAAGACGAACAAGAACCAUCCACCAGCAACAUAAACAACGACAACAAUCUACCUACGGUCGUCGCGACGCACGGCUGCGAUCUAUGCGGGAAAAUGUUCCAGUUCCGUUACCAGUUGAUCGUGCACCGACGUUACCACACGGAGAGGAAACCGUUCACCUGCCAGGUGUGCGGCAGGGCCUUCAUCAACGCGCAGGAAUUGACGAGGCACGGCAAGUGCCAUCUCGGCGGCAGCAUGUUCACGUGCGCCGUUUGUUUUCACGUGUUCGCCAACGACGCCUCGCUGGAGAGGCACAUGAAGCGCCAUUCGACGGACAAACCGUACGCUUGCAGCAUCUGCUCGAAAACGUUCGCCAGGAAAGAGCAUUUGGACAAUCACACGCGUUGCCAUACCGGCGAAACGCCUUAUAGAUGUCAGUAUUGUACCAAGACUUUUACGAGAAAGGAACACAUGGUGAACCACGUGAGAAAGCAUACCGGGGAGACUCCGCAUCGGUGCGAAAUCUGCAAGAAAUCGUUUACUAGAAAGGAGCACUUCAUGAAUCACGUCAUGUGGCAUACGGGGGAAACCCCGCAUCAUUGCACUAUAUGCGGUAAAAAGUACACUCGGAAGGAACAUUUGGCCAAUCAUAUGAGAAGUCACACCAACGACACGCCUUUUAGAUGCGAAAUAUGCGGUAAAUCGUUCACCAGAAAAGAACACUUUACGAAUCACAUAAUGUGGCAUACCGGCGAAACGCCCCAUCGAUGCGACUUUUGCUCAAAGACCUUUACGAGAAAAGAGCAUCUUUUAAACCACGUGAGGCAGCACACGGGCGAAUCGCCGCACCGUUGCGGCUUCUGCGCCAAAUCCUUCACCAGGAAAGAGCAUUUGAUCAAUCACGUCAGGCAACACACAGGAGAAACGCCGUUUAGGUGUAAUUUCUGUCCGAAAGCAUUCACUCGAAAGGAUCACUUGGUGAACCACGUCAGGCAACACACCGGAGAAUCUCCUCACAAAUGCACGUUUUGCACCAAAUCCUUUACGAGAAAGGAACAUUUGAACAAUCACGUGCGACAGCACACAGGCGAAUCCCCGCACAGGUGUCAUUUUUGCUCGAAAUCUUUCACGAGAAAGGAACAUCUCACGAACCACGUUCGGAUCCACACGGGCGAAUCUCCGCACCGCUGCGAAUUCUGCCAGAAAACGUUCACCCGCAAGGAGCAUCUGACCAACCACCUGAGGCAGCACACCGGCGAAACUCCGCAUUGUUGCAACAUUUGCUCCAAACCGUUCACCAGAAAAGAGCAUUUGGUGAAUCACAUGCGAUCGCACACCGGCGAACGGCCCUUCGCUUGCAACGAGUGCGGCAAAUCGUUUCCGCUCAAAGGGAAUCUGUUGUUCCACCAGCGGUCGCACAACAAAGGCGUCGGCGCCGAAAGGCCGUUCAGGUGCGAUCUCUGCGAGAAGGACUUCAUGUGCAAGGGCCACCUGGUGUCGCACAGGCGGUCGCACAACAACGACAGGCCGCACGUUUGCUCCGAUUGCGGCAAAGCUUUCGUGGAAAAGGGAAAUUUACUGCGCCACUUGAAGAAGCACAACACCGACAACGCCGCCGCCCCGUUGACGGCGCAAGGUGGCGCUUCGGCGCAGAAUCAACAAGCCGCCGCGACGGCUAACAUUCAAAUUCCUCAGGUGCACGUCAGCCAAGGGCAGCAGCUCCAGCAGAACGCGGCUAAUAGUUUGGUUCAAACGCCCCAUUUGCAGAUGCAUCCGCCCAACAGCCAUUCGGUCGUGCCAACUGCUAAUACAAACGUGCUGACUUAUUAGGCCCUAUAACCUGGGUCCGUUAACAGCAGACAGUAGAUAUUGAAUAUGUCACGUUUACCUAGCUUACUCGAAUACUAAUUGGUCUAGGUUAACGUGAAACAAUUACCAAUCAUUCUUUAUAAAUUGCAGAUGAAUCGUAAUAUUAAUUUAGUGGGCUAUUUUUUUGUAUAUAUUAUUUUUUUUAAUAUCUAAUCUGUUAACGAACUCAGGUUUGAACUGCCAUAUUGUGUGAUAUAUGUAGAUAUUGUUAAAAGAGUAAUUUUAAUUAUGGAUCAGUAUUUCGAAAGUUUUAUUGAGAGCAAACGGUGACAUACGCGCGAACGUUAGGUAUGUCGCUAUAGUUAAAUCCUAGUGAGGAUAAAUUAAAAAUAACUAAUUAGUUGCGUAAUUUAAAAGCGAUAUGUAAUGUAGGAAUAACGAAUUAGCCGGAAUUAAUUGAAUUGAAAUGUCGAAUUUUAUUUAUUUUUUUAACGGUUUUUUUAAAUGAAUACUUUAUUUUUUUUUAGCAUAUAUGUCGCUCUCUAAUUUUGAUAUUGAAUCUACUUAGUUUGUGCAAUAUGAAAUUAUUUCAUUCUUAUUCAUAUUUUAUUUCGAUGGCGAAUAAAAACCAAGAGGGAACAAUUUGAUUAAAGUAUUUUUGAUUCAUAUCGUAUGGAUGUUACGAAUCGUUGUAUAUUUUGUAAUUUUCGAAUUUAGCUUUAAACGAAUUGUAAAAAGUCUUUUUAUGGCGAUUACUACAUAGAAACCGUUUGUAGAAUUAGAUCAAGAAAUAUUUUUUAAGUCGAAAAAUGCAUAUUUUUAAUUUAUAGAUUAUGUACAGGAGAAUUAAAUCAUUU